GCCGGGCAGCAGGCCGAAGAAGAGGGUCGUCGCGCCUUUCGCAACCGGGGAGUUUUUGUCUAAAAGGGCAAGGAGGACCUGCUCCUGCUGAGGAGUCCUGUGCGGAGCAGUUGACGUGGUGUGCGGUUGGUGAGGACCCAGCCGUGCCUGCCAGCCAGAUUGCUCUCGGCUCCCCUCCGCUUCCUGCCUCCGAUGCCGAUGCCGUCCUGGGAAGCGGGUCUGGAGUCUCCUUAAUCCAGCAGCAGUGGCAGGAGAAGUCUGGCUGAGGGGGGCCAGGGUUUGGCUUCCCCCACGAGGGAGGCCCUCCGGGAUGGGCCUCUGGACCUGCGGAAACUGAGGCAGAGCCGGUGAGAGCCCACAAAGCACUUCCCCGCCGCUCCCUGUGAAGUCUCCACCAGCGCCGUGGAUGGGGUCGGACGCCUGCCCUUCAGACUAGCCGCGACCCCUCGCCCCGAGCGCCAUGGCAGACGCCGAGGAGACGCCGCAGGCCGGCGAGAUCCCGGGCGAUGACGCUUCGCCGCAGAACGACGCCUUCCCUCUCUCCUCCCUGGCCAACCUGUUUGAGAACGAGGAGGGCUCCCCGCCGGCCGAGGCCGUGCGGAGCCCACCAGGGUCCGGGGACGGCAAGCAGAACCUGCGGAUGAAGUUCCACGGGGCCUUCCGGAAGGGCGUCCCGAACCCCAUGGACCUGCUGGAAUCCACCAUCUACGAGUCGUCGGUGGUGCCCGCUCCCAAGAAGGCCCCCAUGGACUCGCUCUUUGACUACGGCACGUACCGCCAUCACCCGACGGACAACAAACGGAGGCGCAAGAAGGUCUUGGAUAAGAAGCGGCCCAGCACCAAGGGUCCCGCCCCCAGCCCGCCCCCCAUCCUCAAGGUGUUCAACCGGCCCAUCCUCUUUGACGUCGUCUCCCGGGGCUCCACGGCUGACCUGGACGGACUCCUCCCUUUCCUGCUGACCCACAAGAAGCGCCUGACAGACGAAGAGUUUCGAGAGCCCUCCACCGGCAAGACCUGCCUCCCCAAGGCUCUGCUGAACCUCAGCAGUGGCCGGAACGACACCAUCCCGCUCCUGCUGGACAUCGCCGAGAAGACGGGCAACAUGCGGGAAUUCAUCAACUCGCCCUUCCGGGACGUCUACUACCGAGGACAGACCGCGCUGCAUAUCGCCAUUGAGCGGCGGUGCAAGCACUACGUGGAGCUGCUGGUGGAGAAGGGGGCCGACGUCCACGCGCAGGCUCGGGGCCGCUUCUUCCAGCCCAAAGAUGAGGGCGGCUACUUCUACUUCGGUGAGCUGCCCCUGUCCCUGGCGGCCUGCACCAACCAGCCCCACAUCGUGCACUACCUGACGGAGAACGCCCACAAGCAGGCUGACCUCCGGCGGCAGGACUCCCGCGGCAACACGGUGCUCCACGCGCUGGUGGCCAUCGCCGACAACACCCGCGAGAACACCAAGUUCGUCACCAAGAUGUACGACCUCCUCCUCAUCAAGAGCGCCAAGCUCUUCCCCGACACCAGCCUGGAGGCCCUGCUCAACAACGACGGCCUCUCGCCGCUGAUGAUGGCUGCCAAGACGGGCAAGAUUGGGAUCUUCCAGCACAUCAUCCGCCGGGAGAUCAAGGACGAGGACGCCCGGCACCUCUCCCGCAAGUUCAAGGACUGGGCCUAUGGCCCCGUCUACUCCUCCCUCUACGACCUUUCCUCCCUGGACACUUGUGGCGAAGAGGUCUCCGUCCUGGAGAUCCUGGUGUACAACAGCAAAAUCGAGAACCGCCACGAGAUGCUGGCCGUGGAGCCCAUUAACGAGCUGCUGCGGGACAAGUGGCGGAAAUUCGGCGCGGUCUCCUUCUACAUCAGCGUGGUCUCCUACCUCUGUGCCAUGGUCAUCUUCACCCUGGUGGCCUACUACCGCCCCCUGCAGGGCAUUCCCCCCUACCCAUACACCACCACGACCGACUACCUGCGCCUAGCUGGGGAGAUUAUCACCCUCUUCACGGGGGUCCUCUUCUUCUUCACCAAUAUCAAAGACCUGUUCAUGAAGAAGUGCCCUGGGGUGAAUUCUUUCUUCAUCGAUGGCUCCUUCCAACUACUCUACUUCAUCUACUCGGUCUUGGUGCUAGUGGCGGCAGCGCUGUACCUGACGGGGAUCGAGGCCUAUCUGGCCGUCAUGGUCUUUGCCCUGGUUUUGGGCUGGAUGAAUGCUCUGUACUUCACCCGAGGCCUCAAGCUGACCGGGACUUACAGCAUCAUGAUCCAGAAGAUCCUCUUCAAAGAUCUCUUCCGGUUCCUUCUGGUCUACGUGCUGUUCAUGAUUGGCUACGCGUCAGCCUUGGUCUCCCUGCUGAACCCCUGCCCCAGCAUGGAGGCCUGCACCGAGGAGCAGGGCAACUGCACGGCCCCCGCCUACCCCUCCUGCCGGGACAGCACCACCUUCAGCACCUUCCUCCUGGACCUCUUCAAGCUGACCAUCGGCAUGGGGGACCUGGAGAUGAUCGAGAACGCCAAAUACCCCGGGGUCUUCGUCAUCCUCCUGGUCACCUACAUCAUCCUCACCUUCGUCCUCCUGCUCAACAUGCUGAUCGCCCUCAUGGGGGAGACGGUGGGCCAGGUCUCCAAGGAGAGCAAGCAGAUCUGGAAGCUGCAGUGGGCCACCACCAUCCUGGACAUUGAGAGGUCCUUCCCUGUGUUCGUCCGGAAAGCCUUUCGCUCGGGAGAAAUGGUCACCGUUGGGAAGGCCCUGGAUGGGACGCCUGACCGCCGCUGGUGCUUCAGGGUGGACGAGGUCAACUGGUCUCACUGGAACCAGAACUUGGGCAUCAUCAAUGAAGACCCCGGCAAGAACGAGACCUAUCAGUAUUACGGCUUCUCCCAGACGGUGAGCCGGCUGCGGAGAGAUCGCUGGUCAACGGUGGUACCCCGGGUGGUGGAGCUGAACAAGAAUUCUCACCCGGACGAGGUGGUGGUGGUCCCGCUGGACAGCUUGGGCUCUUCUGGGGCCAGCUGCCCGCAGAACUGGAGCAAGGAAGGUUCCCAUGUCUAACCUGGGCCGGAGGGUGGGGGCAGCCUCUGCACAAGCACCGGCCCAGCCCCUCUGGCUCCCGGCUGCUCCCUCUCGGGACGCUCCUGCUCCGCCCCAUCCCCUGGGUUACGGGGCCACGGAGUGCAGCCUGAAGCCUGGGCCAGGAUGUCGCACCUGCCGCCUUCUUCCUGAGCUGCUCUGCACAGCCGCGAGGACCAGAAGCCGGCUUUUCAAAAACAAAGCCAGCCAAACGUCUCCGACUGUUGCCAGAUUCCACCAGAUGCCGGGGAAGCCAGGAACCUCGUCAGACGGGCUGGAGCGCCGAGAGCAGGACGGCUCCUCCCCAGCGGAGACCUGCCCCCCAGCCUUGCCCCCAGGAGUUCAACAUGCCGCAGUUGCCGAGGGAGCCAGCCAGGCCCACCGGGGCAUCCGCUGUUCCUUCCGCCAGGGGCUGCGGCCUCUUCCUAGACAGAGUUUUAUUUUGCACAAAGUGUUCUCCGAUUUUAUUUAUUUAGGAAUAAAAGCCAACGCACCUCU